AAAAUAUGAGCUCUAGAAGAAGCAGAAGAGCUUAGAGCUAAAAGAGCAGAUAAACAGACAACACUCAACACUGCUUUUGGAUGCAUUCAAUAAAGAUCAGGCAUCUUUGCCCCAACCAUUGCCAAACCCUCUAUCUUUAGCACCAUUGCCUGUGCUUGCACCUGAUCCUCGGACCCAGGAAAUGACAAAUGAGAAGCUGAAGAAAGCUGAGGAUCUUGAUAAAACUCAGGUGAGAAAGGGAUGGUAGACAAGGCACAAAAAGCGUUAGAAGAGGCUGAAGCACUCAAGAAGCUCUUUGCUAGACAGGAGCCUGUUCUGAAUUCCUCAAAGUGUACUGCUGCUGAUGUUCACAUUAUGAGUUCUGUUUUUCGUUCUUUCAGUUUCACAGAAGGAAAAUUAUGAUAAAAACUAGAUAAGAAAACUUACUUGGACCUUAUUGGGAAAUUAUGAAUUCAAUUUGCAUAAUUAAUGCAUGAAUAGUCCCCUGUCAUAAUUGAUUUUAGUUAAAUUUUCUUUUAGUCCAUUUAUAUGCUAAUAUUCUAUCUGCUCUAAUCUUUUUGAUCCAAUUUUUUUUCAGACUGAUCAAAAGCUACGUGUUUGUGAUAUUUGUGGAGCAUUUUUGAGUGUUUAUGACAGUGGCCCAUGUUUACCUGAUCAUUUUGGAGGCAAACUUCAUUUAGGCUAUAUGCAAAUCUGUGAUAAAUUAGCAAAACUUCUGGUAAGAUGAUUUACAUGCUUAGUAUAUGCUGACUGUCUAUGGUGGCUCUGCUUUAAGUGCUACAUAGGGCUAGGGAUAGCGCCUGGCAUCCAAGGUGUUGGUUGUAUAAAUUGCUAGAACUGUC